GAUUUCAGUAGAAUAGAUAAAACAUACAUUUCACACAUACUCUUGCUUUCCCUAAUGUUUGUCGUCUUUAACUACACAGAAAGAAAUGUAACCUGAAUCUUUGUUUAGGUUUGGGGGAGAAGCUAUGGCAAACGAUGAAGACAAAGCUCUUUAGAAGGGUUAGCGGUGCCUGUUCUUUUAAGAGCAAAAAACUGGAGCAAGUUUGCUUGUAACGAUAAAGAUCUCAACAUGUACAGAAGGCGGGUUUUACACAAGGAGGUGAGGCUAGAAAGCCAGCAAAAGGCUGCGGGGUUUUUUUUUUCUUUGCAAGGUUCCACCCACUUGAAAACAAAACUUUUUUUUCUGAAGGGCCUCACAUCAGUGAAGUUGGGAACAGGAUCUUAAGAACACCCUUGCAAGUAGGGGCAACAGACGGGCCUUGGAGCUUUUUUUCCCCCACCCCACCCUUUAAAGGUGCUUUUGUGUUUUAUCUAUCGUUGGAAGCGCUGCCCUUUCUGGAGUUGGUAUGUGAUAACAGGUCCCAGCAGUGCCAUGUAUUGGAAGAGCGAUCAGAUGUUUGUGUGUAAACUGGAAGACAAGGACAUCCCUGCGCUUGGUAUUUCCACGGAGAAGGUGAGCCCCGAGGCGGCAGGGGACGAGGACUCCUGCCCUUCCUCUGCGCCGCUGUCCCCCUCCUCCUCGCCCCGGUCCAUGGCCUCGGCCCCCGGCUGCGCCCCCAGCAAGUGCCUGUGCAGCAGCUGCGGCCUGGAGAUCGUGGACAAGUACCUACUCAAGGUAAAUGAUCUCUGCUGGCAUGUACGCUGUCUCUCAUGCAGUGUUUGCAGAACGUCUCUAGGAAGACAUACUAGUUGCUACAUCAAAGAUAAAGAUAUCUUCUGCAAGCUUGAUUAUUUCAGGCGGUAUGGAACCCGUUGUUCUCGUUGUGGUAGGCACAUCCAUUCUACUGACUGGGUCCGAAGGGCCAAGGGAAAUGUGUAUCACCUAGCAUGUUUUGCCUGCUUUUCCUGCAAAAGGCAGCUUUCCACUGGAGAGGAGUUUGCUUUGGUUGAAGAGAAAGUCCUUUGUAGAGUACAUUAUGAUUGCAUGUUGGACAAUCUAAAAAGAGAAGUUGAAAAUGGGAAUGGGAUUAGUGUGGAAGGAGCAUUACUUACAGAACAAGAUGUCAAUCAUCCAAAACCAGCAAAAAGAGCUCGGACCAGCUUCACAGCGGAUCAACUCCAGGUUAUGCAAGCACAGUUUGCUCAAGACAACAAUCCAGAUGCACAAACACUCCAAAAAUUGGCAGAAAGAACCGGCUUGAGCAGGCGUGUGAUACAGGUGUGGUUUCAAAACUGUAGAGCACGCCAUAAGAAACAUGUUAGUCCUAAUCAUUCAUCCACUGCUCCUGUCACAGCAGUUCAGCCCUCUCGGCUGUCUCCACCAAUGUUAGAAGAAAUGGCAUACUCAGCAUAUGUACCCCAAGAUGGGACAAUGUUAACUGCUCUACAUAGUUACAUGGAUGCUCAUUCACCUACAGCUCUUGGACUGCAGCCCUUGCUACCCCAUUCCAUGACACAACUGCCAAUAAGUCACACCUAAUUCCUUUCUUUCAGGGAUAAAAGCUAUUAAGGAUGUACUCUUAAGAGUCAUUUAUUGUGUAUUAAAAUAUCGUUGAAAAGAUAUUAAUGUUAAUUUUUUAUUUAACACCCAAAGCAUUUUCAAGACCAUUUUGCUGCCCAAGUAUGUAAGUAUAGUUGGCCUGCAAGACACUUUUAUGGAUUCUGCAUAAAUAACUAUAUGUUGUUUACAAGACUUAUUAAACACCUUUUUUGUAUUGUCUGGAAGUAGUCUACUCUAGUUAUGUAUUUGUUAAUUUAUUUGUCAUCAAGAGCACUUUGCCUAAAAGAAAGGACUGAAAUUGUGCAAAAUGUUUACAAUUCUUUGUGAAAUUGUAGUUUAUCAUUAGUUUGUAUCUGUAAGUUAUUGUUAUAAAAAGUAUUACCUGUAUUUGAGUUUAUAUACAGCCUAUACUUUAAAGCUUAUGUCUGUGAGUUGGCAAAAUAAAUUUCAUUUGCAAAUAUUUUCAAAAUGAGCUGAAUAAACCCUCUGUUGCAGCAUGCUAAACAAACACGUUAUUGUGUUUAUGGUUGAACUAUGAGUAAUUGUAAUGGGCAGCAUAGUUUUAAUCUUCAUUUUUAAGACCAGGCCCUUUGUACACCUAGGCACAUUAGACCUAAAUAAUGCAGGAAACUUCAGCCUUCCCCAGGAUUAUGCAGCAAUAUUAAAGAAUGUAAAAAUCCUUUGAUAACCUUAAAUUGUUUUGAAAUAUUUCAAAUAUACUCUACAAAA